CUCUUCAAAUUGCUCUUCGUCCCAAAUGCAGCAAUUUUACUUGUUUGCAUACCCAUUGAGCCAGAAAUGGGCCUCACGUCGUCGGAUCUUCUUGAAACUUUCAAAGAGUCCGUAGAGCAAAGCGAUGUCAGUUCUUGCACAAGAAUGCAAAACAUGUUCUUUACUUUCGUAAUAGAGUUAAACGAAUUGUAAACGUUGUUCAGACGUACGUCCUUCUAUGAUAAAAUGCCAAACAAUACUGAACAAAAACAUCAUGACAGCUUGACAACACUCACACGUGAUCAGUCAAAAAUUCAAUUGAAAAAAGUACCUCCAAUUGGAUCACCCGUUACAAACAUAGCCAUGCAAAAGACUUGUAUCGACCACACAUAAUAAGGCUCAUAAGUGAAAAACCAUAUGGACUGCCGCACAAUAAAUUGUCCACACACAUGCAUACACUCAUUUAACUUUAUGACCAAUCAUGGUUGAGAUAUACGCAUGCACUAGUAUAUAAAUAUGUCAUCAUAUCAUAUAAUCAGCCAAUAAGAAAUCACCAACUCUUUUGGGGAAAAAACUUCGGUGUGAACUUUUUCUUUCCUCUGAGUUGUAUUUAGUUUGAAUUUGAUCAUUGUAGAAUUAAGAUUUAAUAAUGAGUACCAACCGCUCAUUAACGGCGAGUGCUUUUAUUCAUAGCCAUGUUCCAUCGACAGAUUUCGAAGUGUUCUAUAAUUACAGCGAUCCCAAUCUUGGUAGAACAAUAGAAUCUAAUAUUCUUGUACCUGAGUGGACUAACAGUCGGAAUAAUAUUGAAUUCGUCAAUGAUAAACUAACGACGAGAUGGAAUGACGAUAAUAUACAAGAAUAUUCGGUAAUAUCAAAUGUACCAAACGUGUCGAAUCGUUCCGAACUGAAUGUGCAAAAUCAUCAUUCAUCAAGGUCCAAGUUCGAAAUUAAUGUAGAAAGGGAGAGAAAUAAUAAUUCAUUUUAUACUAAACCACACGGAAUUUCAGUAAGUUUUAGUAUACCGCGUAAAGAGAGAACCGCAUUUACUAAAGAGCAAAUCAGGGAGCUGGAAGCCGAAUUUGUACAUUCAAAUUAUUUAACACGGCUUAGAAGAUAUGAAAUAGCGGUUGCCUUAGAUUUAACAGAACGACAGGUUAAAGUAUGGUUUCAAAACCGGCGUAUGAAAUGGAAGCGGCUUAAACUGGAGUCCCAAAUUUCUGAUGAAUUCCCAAAAAUAAAUAACCAACUGAUUAUAUAGAAAUUUAAAUAUUUCUUAUGUAUGUGUUACUUUGUAAUAUAUAUUGAAAAUUUAGAGAUAAUAAUAACAUAUACGAUAAAAACAA